AAAGGGACGCUCGUCUCGUCACGUUUCGCGUUUAACCCUUACACGUUACAAACCUCCAGAAAUAACUUACUUCAUAGUGCGGGCUUUAAAAGUAAUAUCGAAAUUUUCAGAUUGAGGAAACCAAUUGAGAUUUCCGUGGUGUUUUCAAUUAGUUGGGCAUAAUGACAAGAACGACGCCAGAUGCUCUAUCUAGCUUGAACCAAUUUAACAACGCAACGACCCCAACAGCAAGUAAUAUGAUAACAGUUGCCAAAUCAACGCACAGUAAUAAACGCCCGCCCAUCAUCAUUUACCCCACUGUGUCACCCGAGUCAAUAGUCAUACCGAUCGUGUCCUGCAUUUUCGGCUUUCCAUUAUUGGCUCUGACAGUUAUUUGCUGUUUGCGACGAAGGGCGAAAUUAGCGAGGGAACGCGCAAGACGCCGCAACUGCGAAUUGGAUCGCGGUGAGUUAUCUGUGGUGAGAAUGUCUCCGAUGAAAAAUAGACAACGGGCGGUCAGUCUCGUCCGCUGUCCGCGGCCGCCUCCCUCACUCGAAUUGGACACUGUCCUGGAAGAACGCUCCGAUCCGGAACAAACUACGCUUUCACAGGUGGAAAUAACCCCAGACAAGGAAGUGGGUUCGAUACUCUUCGGAGCCAUUGGGGCUGUGGGGGCAGCCGCGGUUACUGCGGCCGCCUGCGCCGGCGACAGCUAGCGGCGUGGCUCGGCGCAACCCGGCGCGCGGUCCCCGCUCUGGGCGGCGCUAACCAGCCAACCACUUGAUGACGAAAUCGACGACGUCACCGAUGACGUCACGGACAGCUAGCAGUUGGACGACCGCUCCAUCACGGAUAUCGGGGAGCGUAUGAAACUGUUCUUGGACAUACCGUUGAGAUUCUAGUGAUGACUGUUUAUAUAUAGUGCGACUUAAGUGGUUAACAAAUGUGGUUGUAAAGAAUGGUACAAUAUAAUAACAUGAUAUUUGGAGUUGAGUAUACAACAUUAGUUUGUUAUAACUACCAAACUACAGGAGAUAUCAAUAAAUUCUGAAAUGAAUUGAUCUGGACCAC